AUGAGCACUGAGGCUCAGCGUUUGAUGGCUUUGUCCCUGGGAAAGAUCGCUGCUUCACGACAACAGCGUGGGGGAAUCAACCUGCAUAAGAACUUGCUCGUGGCUAGUGUAUUGCAUAAAGCCAGGACAGCCUAUAUGAUGGAGAAUUUACAAACUGUACUUGCCAACAGGAGAGCCCAGGCCGAAGCACGGGAACAGUCCAAGAAGGAACUGAAAUGCCAGAUAAGUACUGCAUCGUCAGAAAAUACUACGAAUUCUAAAGAUAGCUAUACGCGUGACGCUUCAUCCGAGGUCAAAAGGUUGAGAACUGAAAACGAAACACCCAUUCAUGAAGACAAAGAAAAUUCUCCGCCUGCCAAAUGUUUACGGGUAGAAAACGUCAAAAUCGAAGCCGAGCGACCAUCGGAGAAACCCGAACCUUGUCAUGAAAAAUUCGAAGCGAAUACACAAGUUACGCCAUUAGCGGAUGCAGGCCAUUGUACUGGGGGGAAGGAGGUCACGGAUUACGUCAGCAAGCCUACACAGAACUGUACUAGGUGCGCUUCCAAGCGGAGGCGUUCCCUCGAAAAUAGUUUCGAUUCAGACAAUUGUGUGUUGGCCAAAAAAGCUAGAAUGGAGAAUGGACCAAUUAAUGGGAUUAACUCAGACAGUUCAGUCGAAAAUAUGCAAACUGAGCCGUCCCAAAUCACGAGUCUUGUCAGUAUAUUCAACGCUGGCUUUGAGGGACUCUGUGAAGAAACGACAAAAGAAAAAGAAACAACGGACUCAAACAACAAUGAAAAGACAUUUGCUCCGAGUGAUAAUUUAUUCUACGCCGUUCAGUCGAUAAAUGGAUUUACAAUCAAAGACAAUGGUGUCUCCUCGUGCGGCACUCAGGUUAUUGACAGUAGCCGAGACUCGAUCUCUAUGGCAACCCCGAUUGCGUUAACGGUGUGA